GAGCUCGCGCCGGGAGGGGAGGAGCGCGCAGCCCGCGCGCUGCAGGGCCGGGCGGAAAGUUUUUCCUGACGGAGUUUUGGCGGCGGCAGCGGCGGCGACGGCUGGAGUGGGCCAUGGACGCGCUCAAGUCCGCGGGGCGGGCGCUGAUCCGGAGCCCCAGCCUGGCCAAACAGAGCUUGGGGGGCGGCGGCCGGCACCGCAAGCUGCCUGAGAACUGGACAGACACUCGGGAGACGCUGCUGGAGGGGAUGCUGUUCAGCCUCAAGUACCUGGGCAUGACGCUGGUGGAGCAGCCCAAGGGCGAGGAGCUGUCUGCAGCUGCCAUCAAGAGGAUCGUGGCUACAGCUAAGGCCAGUGGGAAGAAGCUGCAGAAGGUGACUCUGAAGGUGUCGCCACGGGGGAUUAUCCUGACGGACAACCUCACCAACCAGCUCAUUGAGAACGUGUCUAUUUACAGGAUCUCCUAUUGCACAGCAGACAAGAUACACGACAAGGUGUUUGCAUACAUUGCCCAGAGCCAGCACAACGAGAGCCUUGAGUGCCACGCCUUCCUCUGCACCAAGCGGAAGAUGGCACAGGCUGUCACCCUCACCGUAGCCCAAGCCUUCAAAGUCGCCUUUGAGUUUUGGCAGGUGUCCAAAGAAGAGAAAGAGAAGAGGGACAAAGCCGGCCAAGAGGGAGGGGACAUCCUGGCAGCCCGCCGAGACUGCACCGCCCCCUUGAAGAGCUCGGUCGCCACUGGGAACCUGCUGGAUUUAGAGGAGACGGCUAAGGCCCCACUGUCCACAGUCAGCGCCAACACCAGCAACAUGGACGAGGCGCCACGGCUGCAAACCUUGAGUGGCAGCAGUGUUGUCUGGGAGCUGGAUGAUGGCCUGGAUGAAGCGUUUUCGAGGCUUGCCCAGUCUCGGACGAACCCUCAGGUCCUGGACACUGGCCUGACAGCCCAGGACAUCCAUUACGCCCAGUGCCUCUCACCUGUCGACUGGGACAAGCCUGACAGCAGCGGCACCGAGCAGGAUGACCUCUUCAGCUUCUGAGGGCCCGGGGCCUGCCGGACACAAGCGGCCCUGACACGUGACGGACCAAAGCCACCUGCUGCGGGGGAGCUGGCUCCGAGACCCGCCCGCCACCUCUCCCAGCCCUCAGCACUGUCAGCCUGAAGAUCAGAGCUGUAGCCAGUCAGGCAGGGGAGAGAUUUUUUUUAAGCCCUGCUCUUUCUCUGAGAACCGAAAGAUGCCUUGAAUAUUUAUUCAGUGACUUCUGGCUGAUGCUCGGAAGCCAGUCUGUGUCAGGCACGUCUCCUGCUGCGUGACGUGUGCAGUGCUGUAAUCGGCUCCUGGAGCAAGCUCUGCCCUGGCCGCGGGUGUCAGGACUGUGACCAAAGCAUUCCUAGCCCCUUCUCUCUUUCUAAGGACCCGAUUUUCCCUGGGGCAUCCUGCUUCGGAUUUCAGUGAUUUUUUUCCCCCAAGCACAGGAGAGCACCCACAGCCUCAGGAGAGGACUGUGUUCUCUUGUUCUCCUUCCUCAGGGCCCAGCAGGCGGGGCUUGAGCCCUGGACCCCAGACUCUUAGAGACUGAGGUACAGCUCCUGACCAAAGACAGUACAGCUUGGCACUUUAAAGCAUUCACAGCAUGUGUGGCCCUAAGGGCUCCUCCAUGGUGCUGCAUUGAAUGGAGCUUUCCUUCUGCCCUUCCUCCAGGAGAAGGGGCCUAAGCCCCCAGGGAUGAUCUCCACCUGUGAUGGAACCAGUGUAACUGGCUGCUCUCUGCUCCCAGGGACUGAGGAGGGUAGGGGGGAUCAUCAAGGGCCGGCCCCUCCCUGCCUUCUCCCCCUCCAUGCAAGGCUGUGCCCCUCUUCUGCUGUCUGUGUGAGUAUCUCUGCGCCCCGCCUCUCCGUACUUCCUGGGAUGAUGUGUGAAACCUGACACCUCAAUUUAUUUGGAAAUAUUUUGUGACCACUUUACGGAUGAGAAAAUUGAGGCCUCAAGCGUGGAAGGGGUAGAGUGAAGAGUAGAACCCAGGUCUGAUACCAAAGCUGCUUUCUUCUCUGCCUCCGCCUCACACAACUCACAUCUCCUUUUCUUCUAGCUUUGUUGUCCUCCCAGGAACCAAAAAACCCCAGCUAUUUUCUGACCAAAAUGUGUUUCAUAACAACCAUCUGGUGCCUUUCCACACAGAACUGGCAGAAGCCUCGUGUCCUGCUAGCUGUCUCUCUUGUUGAUUUCCGUGAAAAUACAAGUGUUUGAAGUGUGCUAAUUCCGAGGGUGAAACAAAAUCCAACUUUGUCAGAAUCACGCUGUUUUCUUUCCUGACACUGUGACCCUGGGUCGGGACAUACCAGCAGCAGUCUGUCUUUAGAAUCUCUUUCCUUCCUCCCCUUCUGCCCCCGUGGGGCUCCCACAUCCUGAAAGCCAGGAAAGCCUGGAGCAUCUUUUCCAUCCCAGGUGCCUCCCAGUGGCCAGCGUGUUGGAGCAAGUUUCAUUAGCCCCAGGGAAUACACAGCCUCCCUUAGAACUUCCUUAUUUAACUAAGCAUUGGAAUCAGACACGAGACGGAGGUGCCUGAGGGUGGGGUGGGAUUCGUAGGGUCUUUAUCAGAAUCUGAGGGUAACUUCCUUAGCCCAACUCUAGCCACCUCCUUGGCAUCAGCCUCUGUGUUUGUCAGAAGGUGACAUGGGCGAGGCCUGACAUGGGCCUGCCUUGGCAUGAGGCUGGCCAGGGGUCCUGAGAGGCGCUACUCUGUGAGAGCCACACUGGCCUUUGCCUCCAUUUCUGGUUGACUGACUGGCUGUGUGCCUCCUGUGUGUCUGUAGAUAACUCUUGCUGUGCUUUAUUUGUGAAAGUUUAAUGAGGAAAAAACAAACAAUAAAUGUUCUCUUUUUGAAACUCA